CGUAGAUCAAUCAUUGCCUUUUACAAUUGAAGAUGAGGAGUUACUUAAGGCUCGUUGCUGCCUUAAUGGCAAUAUUGCAAAUUGCUGUUGCAGCCUUAACCAAUGAACAAUUGUUGACUUUAACUCACAAUCAAGGUAAAACCAAAGUUAUUCCAGUGAAUGAUCAGAACUUUCAAAAAAUUUUAAGUGGAGAAAGGGAUUACCAUUUGGUACUUUUAUUAUCAUCGGCUGUUCCACAAAUCAAUUGUGUUCUCUGUAACGAAUUCCAUCCCGAUUUUAAUAUUGUUGCCAAUUCAUGGUUCCAAGAUCAUCCAAAUGGAUUAGGUGAAGAAGAAUUAAAUGAUGAGGAUUCACCUAAAAAGAAUGUUUAUUUCUUACAUUCAGAAUUUGCUGAGUCUCGUCAAUUAUUUCAACUUCUCCAAUUGAAUAACAUUCCAAAAGUGUACCACUUCCCACCUUCCUCAAGUAUCAAAGCCAAUGAUUAUAUUAAAGAAUUUGAUGAAUAUCAAUUCUAUCAAGGUGUUCAUAGAGAAUUACUUGCUAGUUACUUAAAAUCGGUUACUGGUCUUCAAUUCAAUAUUUACAUUCCUCCUGAUUAUUCAAGAAUCGCUAUCAAUGCAGUAUUUGCUUUCACUUUUGCCCUUUUGAUUAGAAGAUAUAGAAAAGAAGCCUAUAACAUUGCUACUUCUCGUCCAUUAUGGAGUAGUAUUAUUUUAGUUGGUGUAUUACUUUUAAUCUCUGGUUAUAUGUUUGUGCAAAUCCGUGGUGUUCCCUAUGUCAGAGAACAUGCUAAUGGUAGAGUGGACUACUUCGUUCCUGGCCAACAAAAUCAAUUGGGAGUCGAGACUCAAAUAUUAUCAUUUGUUUACGGUAUCUUGAGUGCUUCCAGUAUCAUUUUAAUCAAACACAUUCCUAAAAUUAAGUCUCCUCAAGUUCAAUUGAUUGCAGUAGUGAUUAUAUCACUUCUAAUUUUUAUCUUCUACAGUCUAUUACUUUCAGUUUUCGGAUUAAAAGGUAUGGGCUAUCCAUUCAGAUUACUCAACUUCUUUUAGAUUCUCUAUGUACACAAUACUAUGGAUGGUCCCUCUCAAGACC